AUGUCGACCGUGAACUUCGCCCCCGCGGCGCCCUGCGCGAAGCCCCUGGCCUCGAAGCUCCGCGGCAGGGCUCCCGGGACGUCGGUGGCGCGGCUGCAACGCUCCGUGCCUGCCAGGGCGGCCAGCACGGGCGCCCCCGCGUCGGCGCCCGCGGUCGGGAACGGCUCCGCGCCGGCCCGGGCGUCCUUCCGGACGCGGGAGCGCGUGGUCGACAUCUUGGGCGACGGCCAGGAGGGCAGGUCGUGGGUCGGGCAGGAGGUGCUCGUCAAAGGAUGGGUGCGCACGCUCCGGGACCAGUCGAAGUUCGCGUUCCUCUCCAUCAACGACGGCUCCAACAUGGCGGGCAUCCAGGCGGUGAUCAACGCCGGCAUCCCCGGCCACGAGCUCAUCGGCGAGGGCAAGAUCACUACGGGGUGCGCGGUGGCGGUGCGCGGGGAGGUGGUCGAGUCGCCCGGCGGGAAGCAGGCGGUCGAGGUCAAGGCGGAGGAGCUCGUCCUCGUCGGGGAGUGCGACGCGUCCACAUACCCCCUGCAGAAGAAGCGUCAUACGCUCGAGUUUCUCAGGGACAUCGCGCACCUGCGUCCGCGGACGAACACCAUCGCGGCGGUGGCGCGCGUGCGCUCCGCGCUGGCGGCCGCGACGCACGAGUUCUUCACGCAGCACGGCUUCGUCUACGUCCACACCCCGAUCCUGUCGGCCUCCGACUGCGAGGGCGCGGGCGAGAUGUUCCAGGUGACCACGCUCAUGCCCGACGGCGAGGCCGCGCCCGACGUGCCGCCGGAGGACCUCCCGAAGCUCAGGGCGGGCGUCGAGGAGCAGGGCGGCCGCGUGCGCGACGCCAAGGCGGCGGCGAAGGCCGACGGCGCGGACAAGAAGGCUGCGAAGGCUAAGGUCGAGGCGGAGGUGAAGGAGCUGCUCGCGCUCAAGGAGAAGCUCGCUGCGGCGGAGUCCGCGGCGACGGGGGGCAUCCCGCGGACGCCGGAGGGCGCGGUGGACUACAGCGGCGACUUCUUCGCGGAGCGCGUGUCGCUGACGGUGUCGGGGCAGCUGAACGCGGAGAUGUAUGCGUGUGCCCUGGGGGACGUGUACACGUUCGGGCCGACGUUCCGCGCGGAGAACUCGCACACGGCGCGGCACCUGGCCGAGUUCUGGAUGAUUGAGCCCGAGAUGGCCUUCUGCACGCUCGCGGAGGACGUGGCGUGCGCGGAGGCGUACGUGCAGCACUGCGUCAACUACAUCCUCCAGCACUGCGCGGAGGACCUAAAGUUCUUCGGAUCCUUCGUCGACAAGACGCUCCUCGCGCGCCUCGAGGCCGUCGCGUCGCAGCCGUUCGCGAAGAUCACCUACACCGAGGGCGUUGACCUCCUCCUCAAGGCCCAGGAGGGGGGGGUCAAGUUCGAGUACCCCGUGGAGUGGGGCAACGACCUGCAGUCCGAGCACGAGCGCUACAUCUGCGAGAAGGCCUUCGACGGCCGCCCCGUCGUCGUCACGGACUACCCGAAGGACAUCAAGGCCUUCUACAUGCGCCUGAACGACGACAACAAGACCGUGGCCGCCAUGGACAUCCUCGUGCCGGGCGUGGGGGAGCUCGUGGGCGGCAGCCAGCGCGAGGACCGCAUGGACGUCCUGGUCCGGCGCAUGGAGGAGUCCGGGUUGGCGCCGGAGGACUACUGGUGGUAUACGGAUCUGCGUAGGUACGGCAGCGUGCCGCACGCAGGGUUCGGGCUCGGGUUCGAGCGCCUCGUGCAGUUCUGCACGGGCGUCGAGAACAUCCGCGACGUCAUCCCGUUCCCGCGCUGGCCGGGCAGCUGCAAGUUCUGA